CCACUAUUGCUACCUUUGAUUUUUUGUUUGUUUGUUUGUUUUGUUUCCAUAGAAUUAUUAUUACACCAGGCAACAUCAUCUCCCGAAAUUUAGCUGUCAAUCUGCACCGGGCAAUGCCAUGGCUCUUCAUCCUUUUUCUUCUAUUAACACCUUCUCGAAGUCGAAAUGACCAUUUCUCUAAUCCCAAUCAUCAUCACUACUCUCACACGCCAUCCUAACUCCUCGAAAUAACAAAAAAGCUUCCCAUUUUGCAUGCUAAACCCCACGUUUUUUUCCAUAUAUAGUUCUCUUCUUUCUCUCUUAUCUUUCCAAUUAUUCAUUUUUAUUUUUAUUUUUUUUUCUUUUCACAACCCACUGCUUCGUCUCUCUCAUUUUCCUUUGCAGCCCAUUCCAUUUUUCUUUUCUCUAUCUUGUCCAUGGUGGUUGGUUUCCAGAUGAUCCGGUUCAGAACAACAUAAAAAGGGAAAGAAAAGAGAGAAUAGAGAAUUGGAAAGGGCAAUGGAGUUUGAGAGGACGAGACAGUUGUUGCUCCUUUGGUGUAGAAUCAGAAGCAUCCGUGUAGCCCUCGUGGGUGGGAAUCACACCGCUGCCAGGUUUUGCACUCGCUAAAAACCGAAUUCUUUCCCAAAUUGUUUGUUUUCCUGCAAAGUGUUUUGUCAUCUUCACUGUAAUUGGGUGAUCAAGCGUUUCUUCGCCAUUAUUGGCUAUUCAACAAUUUUUGGAUCUGGGUAUCCGACAAAUCGCCAUUUCACGCUGUUAUUCUGCAUUUGCUGUUGAUUGGAUCUACCGCUUUCUCUGAGAUGUCGAGGACAAAAAGUGAAACCGAAAUGGAAUUUACUAGUGGGUAUAGAGCCAAUGAUGAAAAGAAGAUCAAAUAUGUCCAUAAUGGAAGCAUGGGAUUGAAUUCUCAGAACCUUUUGGUCAUUAAGCUUCCUGAUUUACGGCUUUUGUGCGUUAUAUCUCGGUCAGUGCUUCUGGCAUUGGUUAUUCUAACAAUGCCUUUGACUCUUUCCAUUUUGAAGGAAUCAAUGGAGCCUGUAUCCUAUGCUGAAUCUAAUACUUUCAAUUUUGAGCAAUUGGAUUUGCUUCUCCAUGGUUUGGCCGAAGAUGGGGUUCUUAGAAAAGUGGAUAAGGCUCUCAUUGUUUGCCCCAGCGUGGCGGAUGUGAUUCCUAAUCUUCGUGUUUUCGAUGGCUACGGAAUAGACAUGGUCAUGGACUCGGAUUUGGAGCGACAAAGUUCAUUCAUUGAUGGCUCAUUUGAUUUCGUUUUCACAUCCAAUUUAUCAGAUGUUAAGUUCGUGGAUCGCAUUGUGAAAAUUGGUGGCAUUGUGGCUGUUUCACCAAGCAAUGAACUUUCAAAUGCUUUUAUAGAAAAAGGCAACUUUAAGUUUCUGUUUGUUCGGCAAUUUACUUCCAUCCCAAUCAUGGCAAUGAGGAAAAUCGGUGGAAGUUCUUCCACAAAGCGACGGCUUUGCCAAUCCUCAAGAGAGGUCCGGAAAGCAGUUUUAAAAGGUCUUGAAGAUGUGUUGCUCGAACCACCAAGACAGGCUUUGAAAAAUUCUAGAAACUACUCUAGGAAAAUUAAGUUCCUUCCCCACCUGUUGGGUGCUUCCCUCGAAGCUUUUAGGCGCCGGGUGUUCGUUAAUUCGGGUUUGCCGGAGCAAAAGAAGGUUGUAACUGAUUGGUUUCACAAGCACUACCCGAAAAUGAAACAAGAAUUUGAGGUUUACCACUUGGAUGAAGUGCCUGAAGAAGCUACUAGCAUGGUGGCAGAGUUUCAGAAUGAUAUUUCAGAUUGGUUACUGAAGAAUGUGGGGGAAGAUGAUUAUGUCGUGAUGAAGGCUGAAGCUGGGUUGGUUGAGGAGAUGAUAGAGAAGGGGACAAUACAUUUGGUGGAUGAAUUGUUUUUGGAGUGCAAGAAUCAAUGGUGGCAAGUUGGGAAGAAGAGCAAGAGGGCCUAUUGGGAGUGCUUGGCUCUGUAUGGAAGACUGAGGGAUGAGGGAGUUGCUGUACACCAAUGGUGGGGUUGAGGAAAAGAGAGAUUCCGCCUUAGCAUCUAGCUCUGUUGCUUUUAGGUUGUGUUUAAUGUUCUGUAUCCAUGAGUGUAGUAGCCGAGCUCUACUGUAUCUCUGGACAAAUAAAAGUUCUCAUACAUGCUUUAUUGGCAUGUGUGAUGAUGGAUUUUAUUGUGUUUGAGUGAUUCUAGUACUUUGAAGUAAAAAGUUCUCACACAAGCUUUUCAGGCAUGUAUGAUGAUGGAUUUUAUUGUGAUUGCGUGAUUCUAGUACUUUGAAAUAAAAAUUAUUUCUGUUUUUGAUAUAA